CAGAAGGAAACAGGACCAGCGAGACAACUAACCAAGUUUUAUGGAUUUUAAUAUGUAUAGACUGCAAAGGGGGCUUAAUAGCCCCCCUUAAAUCCCCCUUUGAACUGCCUCUGGGAGUCCAUAAACUGACCUUAACCGUGAGCCAUUUAAAGACUUUCACGUGGGGAAAGGGUUUUAAAAAAAUUGUAUUAUAUACAAAUAUUAUUCUAUAAUUUUCUUAGUAAAUUAAAAUAGCUCCUGUUUCUAGUGUCAAAAAUGUGUCAUCAGCCAGAAAUCCCUCAGACAUUUCAUUUAAUCUAAAAUCAGAUUCCCAACGUAAUAGGUACUUGUCCUGCUUUAAAAAUAGGAAACGCUCUAAUUUCUUGCCUCAAAAAAUAAAAUUGAAAAUAACAAAAGAUGACAACGAAAUCUAUUCGCAAAUUUACGUGUGUUCUUAUUGGCGACGAUGGCCAAACGAAGAACGCCUUCGAGGAGCAGCUCGUCAAGGGCGGCUUCCCCAUGGUGGAGAUGAACGAGCAGGGCUUGGAGGUGCGUCCACUAGUCUUUCAAACCACCGCCGGAUCCUUGCUUUUCAGAGUCCUGGAUGCCACCGGUCAGCAGAAGUUCAAGAAACUGAGCCAGGAUCAAGAUCGUGUCCAGGCCGACUGCACAGUCAUCAUGUUCGAAAAUGCAGAGAGUGACCAUGGUGCUUUGCUUAAGAAGUACAAGGAUAUACCCACCAUCCUUUGCGGAGUCAAGAAGCAGAUUAAGGAUAUAACUAAGAAAACCAAGUUACAGUAUUUUUACAACAUUAACUCUCAAAAUACCAACAAUUAUGAGUAUCUAUUCCUCUGGCUGGGCGGUCAAUUGCUGGGAGACAUGCAACUGGAACUGCUAUCGAUGAUCGGCGAUGAAUUGGUGGAUAAGCCACCGAUGGAAGGCGACUAAAAUGCCAAGCCACAACAAUAAUAAAAUCAAAAUUCAAAUGUUUCCCUAGAAACCAUUUGCAAUUUCUGUACAUAUCUACGCCAAACCACUAAACUAAUCUAAACAUUUUAUUUUUUAUUUACCUGCUUUUCGAUUUUUUCUCGAUAUUUUUCAAUUUAUUUGAAAUACAAGUUAAUGUACUAGUGUACUAAUGUAAAAUAUAUUAAAUUGACUUCAAAUAGGAAGUUGAAUAUCAAUUUAUAGCUA